AUGCUCACCGUCCACAGUUGCAGCAAAAAACAAAUAGCAUUGAGCGCAACAGCCUGCAUACUGAUGUUCUCCCUGCUCCUCUUCAUUUUUUGUUCACUUCAGACCAUAUUCCUCAACGACAAACCUUUCGUCAUCGCCACAGCAUCUUCUAGAUCAUUGCAUGAGAUCGACUCCAAUUCAAAGCCUAUUAACGGGCUUCAAAUUUUUUCAUUGGAGGUUAUUGCUAACCUGAGUGCCAGCAAGGUGGAAACUGGACAGCAGAUGGAAGGCGGCACUCAUAACAUUACCAACGUGACUGAGAAUGCGACAUCUGGGUGGAGCAUUGUGAAGGAGGAGCUGACGUUUUCAGCUGGAAGUGCACCUUUCAGUAGCUGCCAUGCUUCCACCAUUGUAGAGAUUGGGAAAGACAACUUUUUGGUGGCUUAUUUUGGUGGAUCCAAGGAAGGUGCUCCGGAUGUCAAAAUCUGGUUGCAGAGAUACAGUGAUGGUCACUGGCAUCCUCCAGAAGUUGCUGAUGAGCAAGAUGGGGUGCCCAUGUGGAAUCCUGUACUAUUUCAGCUCCCCUCUCAUGAGCUGCUGCUCUUCUACAAGAUUGGUCAGGAAGUUCAGAAGUGGAGUGGUGCCAUGAAAAGAUCGCUGGAUGGCGGCAUAUCCUGGUCAGAGAGAGAGCAGCUACCGCCUGGUAUUCUUGGCCCUAUUAAGAACAAGCCUUUCCUGCUUGAAGAUGGUCGCCUACUAUGUGGGUCCUCAGUAGAAAGCUGGAACUCUUGGGGUGCAUGGCUGGAGGUCACAAAAGAUGGUGGCAGGACAUGGCGGAAGCACGGUCCUAUAUACAUAGAAGGUGAAACACUUGGGGUGAUUCAGCCAGUUCCAUACCAAACUGCCAAUGGGACAAUUCGGAUGCUUUUGCGAUCUUUUGAGACAAUUGGCCGUGUCUGCCUGGCCGAUUCUGCCGAUGGUGGUGUGACAUGGAGUUACGCGCAUAAGACUGAGCUUCCUAAUCCAAAUUCUGGGAUCGAUGGAGUUAAGAUGAAGGAUGGAAGAGUACUAGUUGCUUACAACACUUUCUCCAGGGGCACACUUAAGAUUGCAGUCUCCAUGGAUGACGGUGAUUCAUGGAACGAAGUAAUGACACUAGAGGACACCAAAGGUAUGGAGUUCUCAUAUCCUGCGGUAAUCCAGACCAUGGAUGAGCUCGUACAUAUUACAUACACAUACAACCGGACGCAGAUUAAGCAUGUCGUUCUUCGGCAUAGUGAGACAUGA